CGGGUGUUUCAGCCCGAGAUCCGAUAUUUCACUUUUGCAUUUCCCGAGUCCUACCAUCAUCAUCCGCAUCCGUACGACAAUGCCCAUCAAGGUCCGCGCUGACAGCUACGGUGACGACGACACGUCUAUCGCUUCGUCUUCGUCCUCGUCCGCGUCGCCAUCCCGGUGCUUCUACACGGCCCGCGCCUACGACGCGGCGCCAAAGCCCAAGGUGAACAAGACGUGCCUCUAUCGCACUGGCAAGUGCAACAAUGCCCGCCACAUCAAGCCCAACGGGUCGCUCCACAAGAUGUGCACGUACCACCGGUCCAAGGCCAACGAGAACCAGCGCCGGCUAGACCAGAAGAAGAAGGACGCGGGCUUCCACCGUCGCGAGCGCAUCUCGGCCUUCAAGGUCAAGGGCGUGCUCCAGCCAAAGAAAGGUUCGGCGGCAGCCAACUCAAAACCAGCUCCGCUCUUUGCACUGCCGCCGCUGCCAGACGACUACAUGCCCGACGUCAUGAUCCCGUACCUCCUCGAGCACUACCAUGCGCUCGCCAUGGCCACCGACGAAUGCACCGACGACGGUAUCCUGCGCGUCUAGCGUCCCGUGCUUCUCUCCCGUACUAUUUAGUUUUUAGUAGUUUUGUAUUGCGCUGCUGUCGUUGUUUAUAGGAAGUCGAUUCUUUUUGUAGGUUUAGUCGUUGGUCCUGUCUCAUUUAUUUGCCCAGUGUACGAUAAUACUUUGUGGCCA